CCGCCCGCCCUCCCAGCUCCGGACACGACCGAGUUAUCAUCUUCUUCCCCUUUAAGCACCUGCCUGUCCGUGUGCUUGCUCCUUUCCCCUCCGCCUCACCACCAUGCUCGCUGGAUUCCGCUCGCUCCGCGCCACGACGUCGCGCGCCGGCCUGUUGCGCGCGUCGCUGGCACUCCGGCCCUUCUCCGCCGUCGCACCUGGCGACGACAGGCCGCUCGCGGGCAUCAAGGUCGUCGACUUGACCCGCGUGCUCGCGGGCCCCACUGCCACGAUGAUGCUCUCUGACCUCGGCGCCGACGUGAUCAAGAUCGAGUCGCCGAGCGGCGACGACACGCGUAUCUGGUCCCCGCCUGAGGCUAAGCUCGUCGACGGCGCGCCGCGUCCAGACUUGCCCCCCGAGUCGGCGUACUUCAUGUGUGCUAACCGGAACAAGCGCUCCGUCGUUCUCAACCUGAAGAACAAGGAGGCGAUGAAGGUCAUGUAUAAGCUCAUCGAGGACGCCGAUGUGUUUGUGGAGAACUACGUUCCCGGCAAGCUUGAGAAGUUUGGGUUGGGGUGGGAGCAGCUCAAGAAGAUCAACCCCCGCUUGAUCUACUGCUCGGUCACUGGUUACGGCUCGACCGGGCCCUAUGCAUCAGCGCCCGGCUACGACGUCGUCAUUGAGGCUGAAGCCGGUCUCAUGCACAUCACUGGCGAGAAGGAGGGUCCCCCCGUGAAGGUCGGCGUCGCCGUCACCGACAUUCUGACGGGCCACUACGCGACCUCGGGCAUCCUCGCCGCCCUGCUGAAACGCGGCAAGACGGGCAAGGGCACCCGCGUCGAGACCUCGCUCUUCGAGUCGCAGAUCGCAACGCUCGCCAACAUUGGCUCCAACUACCUCAUUGCCGGGCAGGAGGCUACGCGCUGGGGCACGUCGCACCCCUCGGUCGUCCCCUACCAGGUUUUCCCGACCAAGGACGGUUACAUGAUGAUUGCGGGCGGCAACGACAGCCAGUUCCGGACGCUCUGUGGGCCCAACAUCCUCAACAAGCCUGAAUGGCUCGACGACGAGCGCUUCGCGACCAACGCGUCGCGCGUCACGAACCGCAAGAUCCUCGUCGACGCCAUCAUCGAGGUGCUGAGCCACAAGAGCACGGCCGAGUGGACCGAGGUGAUCCGAGGCAAGGGUAUCCCCUUUGCGCCCAUCAACAACAUCGGACAGACGUUCAACCACCCACAGGCGAUCGCGCGCAAGGUCGUCGAGGAGGUCGAGCACCCGCGGGCGGGCAAGAUUAAGAUCGCGGCCGCGGCGGUCACUUACGACGGCGAGAAGCCCAAGAUCUACCGCCCCCCUCCUUACCUUGGCCAGCACACGGCGGAGGUGCUCGAGGAGAUUGGGUACAGCGCUGCCGAGAUUGACGAGCUCAAGAGCGGAGGAGCAACAGUGUAAGAGCAUAGACUGUCAUCAUGAUUGCAUGCAGGGUUGUGGACAUUGGG